UGGACCAAAAUUCUCUUUUCACACCCUAUAAGAAGAUUACACAACAAGCACAAUCGAAUGAUGAAGUACGUAUAUUGAGUUAACAGACGGGAAAUGGAGUUGGAUAGGUUGAUUACUACUUCAAAGGAUGUUGAAGCAGACGAUGAUGAUAUCAUGGCCCCUGGGUUUCGGUUUCAUCCUACGGACGAAGAGCUUGUAGGAUUUUAUCUUAAAAGGAAAGUAGAGAAGAGACUUAUCAGGAUUGAUCUCAUCAAACACAUUGAUGUCUACAAAUACGAGCCAUGGGAUCUUCCAAAAGAAGCUAGCUGUAGUGCUGGAGAAAGGGAGUGGUACUUCUUCUGUAGAAGAGGAAGAAAGUACAAGAACAGCGUAAGACCUAAUAGGGUCACAAAUUCUGGAUUUUGGAAAGCUACAGGUAUCGACAAGCCAAUAUAUUCUGUCGGGAAACUCCAUUACUGCAUUGGCCUGAAAAAAUCUCUAGUCUAUUACCGAGGAAGUGCCGGAAAAGGCACGAAAACAGACUGGAUGAUGCACGAAUUUCGCCUUCCUGCUAGUGAAAAUACUGCCAAUUUCACCAAUCCUGACGACUGUAAUAUUCAUGAAGCAGAAGUUUGGACUCUUUGUCGAAUAUUCCAGCGAGAAACUCCCUUUAACAAAAAAUGCUUCUCUUCAAAACAGAAGUAUGUUAGUGAUUCAAGUUCUAGCCCUUGUGAAUCAGACAAUCGUAGGCAUACUGAUGAAAGCUUCGAAGUCGCAGCAGUUGAUAAUAAUGUGAACAUUGAAAGUAGAGCUACCAGUGAUCAAUACACCUAUGGAAAUAAUGACCAGUUGUUUGCAGCCCAGCUGAGCUUAAGAAAUCAAGUUCCAUUUACAACACCAUAUCUAAGCUUUUCCAGUCAAAACGGAGACCAACUUUUUGGAGAUGAGAACUGGGAUGAGCUCAGACCAAUGGUUGAGUUUGCUCUUGACCCAUCAAUGCUGUAUAGUAUUAAUUAGAUGCAUAGACGUAGGGUAGACUAUAUUGCUGGUCCUAUUUCCUUUCUCUUGCAAAGAAAAGUCAGUCAUGGUUUUGGUUUUUGAAACGUAGUGUGGGGAAGGGAAGGGGUGGGGUGGGGUGGGAUUCGACGAACGUACAUAGGGUGGCGCACCCCAAUGAUCCUCCGUUUGACCGAAACGAUCAGGCUGCUUCUGUUUAUGCUCCUCUCUUUUUAUUUGCAAGUGUAAUUUCCCUUCAGUUUUCUUAAUGCCCCACCACACCCUCAUUACUCUC